GCAUGAACAUACCACUGAAGGUUGUGGUACGGCUGUGGUCCGACCAGUCGCCGGACAAUCAAACGUGCAACCGUACCAGCGAUGAGGAAGAAGCGGAGAACCAGCUGAAAAGUGCCGGAGGGCGAAUGUUCCGUUUUUCACACGUAUACCGCACACCGAUCAGCAAUCAGCUGCUGUACUUUGAGUCCGUCGCAGGACUAAUGGAAUCCGUGCUGGAGGGGUAUGACUUCUCCAUUGUCACGUACGGCGCGAAGUGUACGGGCAAAACGUACACCUUGUACGGUUGUUCGAACGGUGGCACAGUGACCCACGAGGAUGAUGGGAUUGUACUGUGCUUUGUGCGUGAUCUGUUCUGUCGGCUAAAUGCACAUCCGGAGCGUAUGUUUUCGAUCAGUAUUGCGUGGAGUGAAAUCACUGCGAGUGGGGAUGUGAUCGAUGUGCUGGAGAAUGCUGCCAUGGUACAGUGUUUCUCGGUGGAGGAUACGUACGCCCUGCUGGGGUUGGGAUUGCAUCGACGGAAUGGCGAAAAUCAUAGUAUUCUUAGCUUGGUGCUCGAGCAACAGUGGACAUCGGUCGGUGGGAUGAACCAGCAUCGACAGUCGACGAUCAGUUUUUGCGAUUUGCGUGGUUCCGAGCGGGAAAUGGUUGAGCGCGAGCUGGUACCGCUGGAUGCCGGGCUACGCAAACUGGAAGAUAUUGUCGUUAGACGAAACGAACAGUAUAAUGAUUCGGUGCUAACCGCUUUUUUGAAAGAUUCUUUCGGUGGUCGUGCACAAACGCUGCUGCUGCUUUGUGUGGCAGGCUCCACGUUGCAAACGGAGAGUACCGCGCGUGAUCUGGAGUUUGGUGAACGAGCGGAGGAAAUUGUAAAUCACGUGGUAAUGAACACGUUUUCGGACAAUAAUGUACCGAUCGUGGCGCUUAACGAGCACGAUCCGCUCGGUGGGCCAAAUAGCAACAUCGACGGACUAUACUUCGCUUCCCAACAGUGGGCCAAACUGCUCAAGAACGCCGAAUGUCUGUUCACGAAGCUGUUCAGCACCUGCGAGCUGAACCAAACGGAACGGAACCAGAUUGAGGAAUGGUUGUACUUGAAGGCGGAAUGUGACGAUUGCUUUAGCUCCACCGACAUCAGCAUUCCGGCUGGUGUACAGCCCGUCCGUGCCUGUCUCGGUCCGAUCGAAGAGAUCGAUGAAGCGGAAGAUAAUACAGGGCACGGCAGCAGCACCAAGGAACCGUACCAAUCGGACAACGAAAGUGAUUCCGAUAUCUGUACGCAUCUAACGGACGUUAGUGAUCGUAUCCAGAGCUACAUUAAGACGUUCCAGACAAAAACGAACAAUUUGAUUAUGGAAAAGUAUCAGGACUUUUUCCUAACUCAUCCAACAACCGGCAUGAAUGCGCAUGAAUCGGGUGACCACGACCGGAAGAUGAUUCCCUCCGAUGGGAACAAUUUUCACAAUCCUGCCCGAAGGAAAUCAAUCUUCGAUGGUGAAACGGUUAGCAGCACAGAGCUUUUGCCGCUAAUGCUACCACUAAAAAGCGACUCUCUACCAUUGGACAAACCUUCCGCGUUGGACAAAAAGCUCGAAACUCUGAACAGUAAUCUUCGCAUUUGCCAAACCAGUAUCGAAUCGUUGCACGCACAGAUCGAAGAAAUCCGGCGCACGAUCGCACUGAAGCAGAAGUACAUUACGGAUCUGAUCGAGCACAGUGAAACACGCUCGGUAGCAAAGUCUCGCUUCAGCAAGAAAAAGCACAAACUCGAGUCAGAGUACGAGAAGACGAAAAAACAACUCCGAAAGGCGGUUGUAAAUGGCACCAGCAAGGAGGACAUUAAUCGACUGAAAAGCCAAACAUCACAGCUCGAGCAACGGUUGAAGGAUCUCGAAUCGAUCGGUUUCAUUGCCGGUGAAUCGGGUCACAAGAAGAAAAAAUUGCAACAAUCGAUCAAGGAUUCGCAGAAGCAGUUGGACGUGUUACAGCGAAUGCUUAAAAAAGAGCUCGAUCGGAAGGAAAUGCUCGAGAAGGAGUUGGAGGCGGUACAGAAAGAAUCCCGCGCAGGGCGUACGAAUAACAAUGGCGGCGGUUUGCAGGAGUUGAGCGAAAGUAAAAGUAAAAUACGUAAUAUGAACGAGCGCAUUUCGCACAUCGAGCACGUGUUGAAGGAAAAGUCGAGCAAUUUGAAAAAGUACGUUAGUAAGAAAAGUGCGGAAAAGGAAUCGCUUCGUUGCGAGAUAAGGAAUUUGCGACGAACGCGUGAUCAUUUGGUUGAGCAACGGUGUCAGCUGGAUCGGAAGAUCAGGGAGGAUAAAAUGCCAUCGUUCGACGAGGAGCGCAAGCUGGUUGAAUGUGAUGAAGCGAUCGAAGCGAUCGAUGCAGCGAUCGAGAUGAAGAACGAACUGAUCUGUGGCCGGAAGAGUAUCGAUACGGAUGAAAGUUUGCAGCGCGAGAAGGGAGAACAGAUGCUGAUGGCACGGCUCAACAAAUUGUCGCUGGAUGAGAUGCGAACGUUGCUGUACAAAUAUUUUCAGAAGGUGGUAGAUUUAAAGGAAGCGAGCAGAAAGCUAGAAUUGCAGUUUAUUUCGCUCGAGCGGGAAAAGGAUGCUUGGGAGUGGCAGGAAAAGAUCCUUACCAACACGAUCCGUCAAACGCGGCUUGAGAAGGAACGAUCGAUCGUUGCGCUACAGAAGCAGCACGAAACGAAGUUGAACUUGAUGUUGCGCCAUUUUGCCGCAGACACGUCCGCAUCGAUUUCAAGCACCAUACCGGACAGUGUACUGCCACCGUACCACACGCAGACGGAGUUUGUGCUUGGUUCCACGGCACGGCAUCACCGCCACGUGCAGUACGACGAUUCGGACGGUGGUACAAGCAGCGAACCUCAACUGCUAACCGGCCACAGUUUGAAACAGUUGGCACACUACAAAGCUAGCACUAUGCCUUCAUCAGGACCGUCCGGUGUGUUGGGACACACCACCAAUUCAGCUCUCACACAGCAUCACCGUGCCGCCGGUGCUGCGAGUACGGCCCCAGUCCAAACGCCACUGGUAGCGAUCGCGGAGAAAGAACACCGACCGAAGAGUAAGCUGUUCUCGAAGCUACAUGUCCUAUCGCGCUACCACGGUAGCGAUAAGCGGAAAAUCUUCCAAUCGGACAUACCGCAGCAAAACCUCAAACAGUUACAGGGCGCAUCACGUCCGUCCCUUACGAAAGUAACGCGCGAAAAGAACAAAAUAAUUAUCCAGAGUGAUGGAGGAGGCGGUGGUGGAACAGGUAGCAGCAAGUAG